AUGCUCAAAACAUUCCUUGAUGGUCGAGCAGCAUUGGUCGAUUUUGGCAUCAUCGAUCAUCUUCCAGUUGAAGACAUGGCAGGACGAAACAAAUACACAUGGACUACUGAAGAGGAUGCAAAGUUAAUUGAGGCAUUGUUGGAGUUACAUGUAUCCGGAAAGUAUGGUGGUGCCGACAACGGAUUCAAACCCGGGUAUUUGAAGGCAGUGCAACAAUUACUAGAUAGUCGUAAAGGUGCUGCAUGUUUUCGCGAUAAACCAUUUCCUCAAUUUGAUAACUUAUGUAAAAUAUUUGGGAAGGAUAGAGCUACUGGUCAUGGAGCUACUGAUCUUGGUGAAGAUGUGACUGAAGAGACACAAAGAAACUCACCUGUUGAUGUGGAAGGGUUGGAAGAGAUUGUUGAAGAGACGCAACAAAUUGCUCGUGUCAAUAGUAAACGCAAAAGGCCUCCAACGGAUGACACGGAAAGCUCUUAUAAGGAAGCAGCGAAAGAAAUGAAAGAGACUUUCAAGGAGGUUGGUGAAAAACUUAAUGAAACAAUAUUCAAUAUAGGAAGGCAAGAAAAUAAGGAAGCAUGUGAUAUGAUAGAUAAAGUUAUCGAAGAUAUACAACACAUGCCAAAUAUCAAUGUCAAACAGCGAAUUAAGGCGAUUGACAUGUUUAGCAAAGAUCAAUUUCGUGCUCGGGCGUUUUUUAAGAUGACAGAAGAAGAAAAGAUUUGUUACAUAGAAAUGAUUGAGGAUGGCUCAAUAUCAUGA